AUGGAUGCAAAUGCUUUUAUAUCAAAAUUAAAAGCAGACGGUUCGGAACAAGACUAUUGUAAUUUAUCGAAAGUUUUCAAAGAAUAUACCACAAUUUCUUCGAAUUUGCCAUCAAAGGAUCGUGGCUUGUUCUCAUUGAACGUUCUGUGUAUAUUAUGCAGAAACUUGGACAAAGUACCAACCUGGCGUGCCAAAAUCGACAAAACAGAACUCGUCAACCUGGCCAUUCAAUGUCUCCGAGAGACCAGAACCCUCCAGAGAGCUGACAGAGUUAAGACUCUAGCUUCUUUAUACCAUAUACACAGAUAUGUUGUUAGAGAGACUGAAGGAGUAUCAUCUGAGCUCGUAUUAAAGCUGUCCUACAUGGCCUUUGAAAAUGAAUACGACAACCUACUCCAUGAAUAUGCAAAAACAUACUGGAAUAUAUGCGCUGACAGACUUUUAUAUAUCGAGAAGCAGAAAACAAAAUUUUCAAUAAGAAAUUUACUAACGAAACUCUCGGAGGACAUUUACAAAAUAAUACAAAUGUACGAUUCAAUGCAAUUUUGUUCCACAAUAAUGAAUUUUUUGAUAAAAAAACUACAUUUCUUAUACAGUGGUUCGAAUCCUUCAGAACUUAAUACAGUUUUUGGGAAAUUAUUCAAUAUUUUGUCUUCAAAAGAUGAUUUGAAAAACUUCAAAAAUUUAUCAAAAGGAGAAUCGUUAGAUAUGUUCACAAAACUGAUAGACUGUUUGUAUGUAAUUGCUGAAAAUGGUACCAAAAUUGACUCCAAAGAAUCAUCGCUAACAAACAUUGUUUUGUGCAUUGUCAGUCUCAUUGGUCAUAAUUCAGAUAUACAUUAUUGCUUGCUAAACUUCAUCUGCCCAAUCAGCAGCAUAUUCGAAAAACAAAAUACAACUUACACUGAAGCCGUUUUAAACAAUUUAAUAACAAACUUUGAUACUGCUGAGAAAUCUGGUUAUGGCUCGACAAUGCACCUUAUGUACCCAUUUAUAAGCCAGUUUAUGAAAUUAUAUAUAGAGGGGUAUAUAACCUAUAAUGAAAACUUGAAUAUGAACUACAGCGAAAGCAUACAAGAAUCUUGCUUGAAAAUAAUUUACUUCUUAAUGAGAACUUUAAAACAAUGCAAACAAAUAUCAAAAUGCCUUAAUUGUGAUAUCAAAACUGGAUUACACGACGCCUUACGUCUAUCAUUUCUGUCUAAACAGAUAAUAAUUUUAUCUAUAGACAAAAAUAUAUCAACAACUACAACUUUACCAGUUUUCUGCCAAAUUAUUCUAUACCAGUACAAAAUCAUCAAAGAACUUUGCUUUAAAAACUGUAAUAAUCAUGAAAAAGGUUACAAUAAACUCCAAUCUGAUAUACACAAUACGGCAAUUGUUUUAAAUAGUAAGAAACAAUAUGAAUUUGCAAUCAAACUCUUUAACAUAUACCUUGAGAAUGAAAUAACAAACUUCAAGACAGAAGUGGAGCUUAAAAAUAUAAGCCGAGCCUUAUAUAACAAAAGUAUAUCCGAGCUUGAGUUUCAACAGCAUAAAGAAGCUCUUAAAGACGCUUAUUUAAGCCUUAUAUUCGCGCAGCCAGAAGGGCUAUGUGCAGAGAAACAUAUGAGUCUGGUUAUUGACAUAAAAUCCAAAGCAUUGACAGCGAAAAAUGACAGUGAUGAAUUGCAAUUGAUGACCGUGCUUGAUGUUUGUGAAAUGACAGUUAAAAAUAAUGAUUACGGGAAUAUGAAGCCGUUCUUUUGCAACUUGAAAUUUAGUAUACUGCUGAAACAUGAAUUCUCAAUGUAUGCAAAGUUGUGGCCGUCGUUGGUUCCAAUUACUGGAGUAUGGCGAUCGUUACACCAGCUCGGGAAGGGUCUGAAUUUACCCUGGUUGAAAACUCCAGACCCAUCAAUUCGCCAAACCCUGUACGAGACAAUCAUGGAAACGCCAACUGCCGUACGCACUAUACACAGCGACUAUUUUGUCGACACCGUCAAAGAGUUAGUUGCAGAGUUUGAAGAACAUCCUGUUUCUUCACAAGAAAUGAAAAUUAUACAAGCAACCCUAUUUUUCCUAAAAGCCGAGUACGAUCUUGCAGACGCGGCGUUGCAGUACGAAUGGAAGGUCAAAGAUCCUGUAAGUGUAUCACAUUCCACUGUUUGA